AUGUCAGUGAUUGUGGCUCAGGCUCUCCACAUCUUUGGGUUCCAGUCCCGAGUAGCAAAUAAUAUUUGUUUUUUUGAUGAGCAGAUAAUAGUCUACCCCGCGGGAAAUAGCUGUGUGAAAUACCACAUAGAACAGAAAUGGCAGAAGUUCAUCCCAGGCUCAGAAAAAAGCCAAGGGAUGCUUGCACUAGCAAUAAGUCCCAAUCGACGCUAUCUGGCCAUUUCAGAGACACUUCAAGAUAAACCAGCUAUCACAAUUUAUGAACUAUCAUCUGUUCCAUGCAAGAAGCGGAAGAUUCUGAAUACUUUUGAUUUUCCUGUGCAGGAAUUUAUCAGCCUGGCUUUUUCUCCUGAUUCCAAAUAUUUAGUAGCACAGGCAGGACCUCCUGAAUCACAGCUUGCUUAUUGGAUGUGGGAAAAACAAAGAACAAUGGCAAUUAUUAGGGUUGAUGUUCAGAAUAAUCCUCUUCAUCAAGUGAGCUUCAAUCCUCAGGAUAAUACUCAAGUCUGUGUCAUAGGAAAUGGUAUUUUCAAGCUAUACAAAUAUACAGAAGGAUCCUUAAAGCAGACCAAUUUCUUACGGGGAGAGCCCCAAAACUACUUGUCCCAUGCCUGGCUGUCUGAAGAGAAAGUGAUUGUGGGUACUGAUACAGGCAAACUCUAUUUAUUUGAUUCUGGUGAUUUACGGUGGGAGACAAGUAUUGAGCGGAAAGAACCAACCACUGAAAUGUUGAAUGAAGAACCAGUUCUAGAAUCAGAAAGCCUCAUUGAAUUUCCUUUUACAAAUUCCCCUGAGUACUCUACUGAGGCAGUUUCUGAAGCUGAAGGGCAGCAGCAAGCCUCUCUGCCCCGAGUUUCUGCUAUUGCUGCAUAUUCCAAGGGAUUUGCUUGCUCUGCUGGUCCGGGUAUUGUUUUACUGUUUGAGAAGUCAGAUGAGAAGGAUGGUUACCGAGAAAGUCGAGAGAUUCGGAUUUCACAAGAUCCAUGCAGCAGUGAUCCACACCAAUCAGAUAAACAAGAGAUUGUGUGUAUUGCCUUCAGUCCUGCAGAAGAGACACUUCUCAUCAGCACAAAUAAAAAUCAGGUGUAUUAUCUCUCUAUGUCAUCAGCUGAGUUAACUAAAGGAGAGACGGCUCAUUUUGAAUACCUGAAUUUCCCAAUACACUCUUCUGCUGUUACUGGCUUGGAUACCUGCAUUCGCAAACCACUUGUUGCUACAUGUUCGUUGGACAAAUCUGUCCGUAUCUGGAAUUAUGAAACAAACACACUCGACUUAUAUAAAGAGUACCAAGAAGAGGCAUAUGCACUUGCUUUUCACCCUGGUGGUCUGUGUGUUUUGGUUGGUUUUGCUGACAAACUUCGACUGAUGAAUUUACUUAUUGAUGACAUCCGGACUUUUAAAGACUUCACUGUCCGAGGAUGCCGAGAGUGCACCUUCAGUACAGGUGGUCAUCUGUUCGCAGCAGUUAAUGGAAAUGUGAUUCACAUUUACUCUGCCAUAAGUUUUGACAAUAUCAUAAAUCUGAAAGGACACAAUGGUAAGGUACGGUCAGUUGUGUGGAGCAUGGAUGAUUAUAAACUGGUAUCCUGUGGCACAGAUGGAGCAGUAUAUGAAUGGAACCUCCAGAAUGGCAAAAGAGAAUCAGAGUGCGUACUCAAGUCUUGCAGUUAUAGUGGAGUAGCAAUAUCACCUGAUACAAAAGUCAUUUUCGCUGUUGGUUCUGAUCAUUCUAUCAAGGAGAUUUGUGAUUCUUCGAUACUGAGAGAAGUGCCCUCUUUUGACGUUACCUACACUUGCAUUGUGAUAGCUCAUAAUGGGCGGAUGGUAUUUACUGGAACAUCUGCUGGGACCAUCCGGUCCAUGAAAUACCCAUUACCUUUGCACAAGGAAUUCAAUGAGUAUCAAGCUCAUGCUGGUCCAGUCAGCAAGAUAUCCAUAACAUCUGAUGAUCAGUUUUUGUUAACAUCUGCAGAAGAUGGAUGUAUAAUUAUCUGGAAAGUAUAUGACAAAGAAGGACGGGGAUUGAAAAGGGAGAGAGAGGUACCAUAUUCUGAUGAAGUUUUGAUUACUAGAACAGACAUGGAAGAGAAGUCUCAGGUUAUGCUAGAACUAAAAACACGGGUAGAGGAACUAAAGAUGGAAAAUGAAUACCAGCUUCGUCUCAAGGAUAUGAAUUAUAGUGAAAAAAUAAAGGAAUUAACUGAGAAAUUCAUCCAGGAAAUGGAAUCGUUGAAAACUAAAAACCAGGUUCUGCAAACAGAAAAAGAAAAACAGGAAAUACAACACCAGGAUCAGCUAUCAGAACUAAUAGAGAAACAGUCAAGAGAGGUGCAAGAUUUAGAAUCUGGAAAUAACCAAAAGCUGCUGCUGGAAUAUGAAAAGUACCAGGAACUGCAAAUGAAAUCCCAAAGAAUGCAGGAAGAAUAUGAGAAACAACUUCAUGAAAUGGAAGAGAACAAAAGCCAAGCACUUGAGGAACUGACAGAAUAUUAUGAGGCAAAGCUGCUUGAGAAAGGAACUUUAUUGGAAGAGGCUCAAGAUGAUGCUAGACAGCAACUUAGAGAAUUUGAGGAAACUAAGAAGCAGAUUGAAGAAGAUGAGGAUAGAGAAAUUCAGGAUAUAAAAAUUAAAUAUGAGAGACGGCUUCGAGAAGAAAGGGAAUCCAAUCUGCGAUUAAAGGGGGAAACAGGAAUCAUGAGAAAGAAGUUUAACAGUCUCCAAAAAGAGAUUGAGGAGCGAUGCAGCGAUAUUGAGGCAAUGAAGUUGGAGCAGCAAAAGCUUCAAGGGAUUAUUAAGGCUUUAGAGAAGGAUAUUAUGGGGCUGAAGAGAGAGAUUCAAGAAAGAGAUGAGACCAUCCAAGAUAAAGAAAAGCGAAUUUAUGAUCUAAAAAAGAAAAAUCAGGAACUGGAAAAAUUCAAAUUUGUAUUAGAUUACAAAAUUAAGGAGCUGAAGAAACAAAUAGAGCCACGUGAGAAUGAUAUCAAAGCCAUGAAGGAACAGAUCCAGGAGGAUCUCUGUUUGAAAGCACCCCAUAUCAGGUUACAGACUUUAUGUAAUAUUUUAUUGUUUCUCAUGUCAUCUCUUCAGAUGGAGGGAGAGCUGGAACAUUUCCAUAAACAGAACACACAAUUGGAACUAAACGUAGCUGAACUGCGGCUAAAGCUGAGAGCCACAGAUCGUGAGAUGCACAAAGAGAUGCAGAAAGAACGAGAUAUGGAAGCACUCGUCAAGAGAUUUAAAACAGAUAUUCACAACUGUGUAGGCCUCAUCCAGGAGCCUAAGAAACUAAAGGAGUCCAUUAGAGAUAUUUAUGAGAAGUAUGUACAGAAGGCAGAUAGGGUGGAAAUUGUUGGAGUUGAUUCAGACUUGCAUCAGGAGUAUACACGGCAGCGAGAGCAUCUUGAACACAACCUAGCAACACUGAAAAAGAAAGUGAUAAAAGAAAGUGAGAUCCAUCGUGCAGAUUAUGUGCGCAUUAUGCAGGAAAAUGUAAGUCUUAUUAAGGAAAUCAAUGAUUUACGGAGAGAACUGAAGAUUACUCGCAUACAAGUCCAUGACCUCCAGUCAACUCUGAGCCUGCUUAAGAAGCACAAGAAAUCAGGACCACAACCCCCAGGUGAUUCCUGUUCCUCCCCUGAUUGGCAGCUAAGUCCAGGCAUUCUGCGUUUGAAUCUUGAAGAGGAGUCUGAGAGAAUAAUUCAAAUGCAGAGACUGGAAAUCAAGUGCCUUCGAGAACAAAUGCAGGGGCAAGAGAAAGCCCUCACCAUCCGGCCUUUGUCGAGUGGAAAACUCCCCAUUCUGGAAAUGGACAAAAUUAGUGACAUACAAUCACAUUGACUUGGCUAGAAAGAACUCGACAUUGCAGCUUUCUGUAUUUCUAAACGUUC